AUGGCGGUCUCAUUUCUAUCAUAUGAUAUCAAACUUAUUAAAAGUAAGAAGGAUGUGUCUGUAAUAUUACUGUGUAAAUUGAAGAAAUCACUUUAUGGGCUAAAACAAGCUUCUAGGCAAUGGUUUGCAAAGCUUUCAGAAUCUCUCAUUUCAAGAGGCUACUCUCCUAAUAAGAAUGACUCCUCUCUUUUUACCAAAGUGACUACAACUUCCAUUGUCCUUCUUGCUAUUUAUGUGGAUGAUCUUCUUUUGGCUGGAAAUGAUGAUGCUGAAAUGUUAAGCCUGAAAUCGUUCCUUGAUCAUCAAUUCAAGAUCAAAGACCUUGGGAGUGUCCAUUAUUUUUUGGGUCUUGAGAUUUCUAAGGUGGAUCAGGGGUUUCUUAUCAACCAACAGAAGUACACAAAGGAGCUCCUCUCUGAAUUCCAUUGUUCAGAGGUCAGACCUGCUCUCACACCCCUUGAUCCUCAUGUCAAAUUAUCUGUUGACUCAGGGGAAGCUCUUCCUGAUCCUACUGUCUAUAGAAGAUUAAUUGGCAAGCUGAAUUUCCUCCAACAUUCCAGGCCUGACAUCUCUUAUUCCGUGCAACAUCUCAGUCAAUUUCUUGUGUCUCCUAGAGUUCCUCACAUGCUGGCUGGUUUGCAUGUUCUCAAAUACCUCCUCAAUGAUCCUACCCAAGGCAUUCUGCUGAGUGCUGCCCUUGAUUUCUCCUUGAAGGCUUAUGCAGAUUCUGACUGGGCUGCUUGCCCCAUUUCCAGAAAGUUUGUGACUGGGUAUUAUGUGGUUCUUGGUGAUUCCCCUAUUUCCUGGAAAUCUGAGAAACAUCCUAUUGUCUCUCUUUCUUCCGUUGAAGCAGAAUAUAGAGCUUUAAGGAAGGUUGUUGCUGAGGUGGUUUGGCUAACAAGGUUGUUAGCUGACAUGGGGCUGUCUAUUACUACUCAUGUCCCUAUUUUUUGUGAUAGUCAGGCUGCCCUUCACAUUGCUAGAAAUCCUGUUUUUCAUGAACGCACCAAACACAUUGAGGUGGAUUGUCACUAUGUGAGGGAUGUGCUUUCUUCUGGCCUUAUUGUUCUUAAACACGUAUCUUCUGCAGAUCAACUUGCCGAUGUUCUGACCAAGGCUUUGACAGGUGUUCCCCAUCAUAAGCUCUUGUGUAAGCUGG